ACCACCAAUCAUAUCAUAUUAAAAGAAUUAAAGAAAAAUAAAGAAAGAAGCAUUGACUUGACCUUGGGAAUGGGAAGUCACCUAAAAUCUAUUGCAAAAGAGAUCACAACGUUGGGUCCUUUUAGUUUUGAGAGAACUAAAACCAGAGAAAGUGUCAAAGUUAAGGAAAUUUGUUGACAUCACAUGGCAAGCUCUUUCUCUUCCUCUUCCUCCUCUUCCAAAAUCAAAGGAGAUGCUGUGACACCUCAAGACCAAGUGUUCAUUAACUUCCGUGGAGUCGAACUACGCUACAACUUCGUCAACCAUCUCGAAAAAUGCUUAAAAAGAAACGCUAUCAAUGCCUUCAUAGAUACUGAUGAAGAGAUGGGCCAAGAGUUGAAUGUUCUGCUCAAAAGAAUCGAAGGGUCGAGGAUCGCGCUAGCCAUAUUCUCCCCAAAGUACACCGAGUCGAACUGGUGCUUGAAAGAGCUUGCCAAGAUGAAAGAAAGAAUGGAUCAAAGUAAGCUCGUGGUGAUACCAAUCUUCUACAAGGUGGAGCCUGCAACUGUUAAAGAAUUGAAGGGAGAGUUCGGUGAUAAGUUUAGGGAGCUGGUCAAGUCUAUUGACAAGAAGACAAAGAACAUAUGGAAGGAAGCUUUAAAAUCUGUUCCUCUCUUGAUGGGCUUCGUGUUGGACGAGAAAAGCUAUGAGGGCGAAAUCAUCACAAAAGUCGUCGAGGAGGUUAAGCAAGUACUAAACAGGCUUUCACAGACUUCUCUCAAUCCCUCAGAAUGUCUUGAAAAAUCACCACAUAAACACCCAAAAAGCCAAGAAAGCUCUUGGGGAAUCGAACACCGACUUAAGCAACUAGAAGAAAAGUUAAGCCUUGGGUUUGAAGAAACAACUCGUAUCAUUGGUGUUGUUGGUAUGCCUGGCAUAGGUAAAACAACUCUAGCUAGGAAGCUAUACGAGAAGUUGAAGAACGAGUUCUUGAACCACGUGUUGAUCCCAGAUAUUCAUGAAAUUUCAAAGGAACAUGGUUUGGAUUCCUUGCCCACGAUGCUCUUGGAAGAUUUGCUGAAUGUCAAGGAUCCCAACGUUGAGACGUUACAAGAUGCACACCAGCCUUUCAAAGAUCAACUGCUCAAAACCAAAGUUCUUCUUGUUUUCGACAAUGUUAGUAGCAAGAAACAACUUGAUGCUCUUCUAGGCAAACGAGACUGGAUUAAGCAGGGAAGCAAGAUUGUUAUUGCAACAAGCGAUAAGUCGUUGAUACAAAGUUUGGUUGAUUAUACUUACGAGGUCCCUAGAUUAACCGACAGAGACGCCUUGCAACACUUCAUCCACUAUGCAUUUGAUAAUGAUCAAGAAGGAGAUCAUGCACUAAAUUUCUCAAAACUCUCUAAAGAUUUCGUGCGUUACACGAAAGGAAACCCACUAGCUCUGAAGAUACUGGGCGCAGAGCUUCUAGGGCAAUACGAGAGUCACUGGGAGUUAACACUAGCUGCAUUGGCUCAACAACAUAAAAGUCCACCGGGACAAAGCACAACUAAGAUGCUUCACAAUGUUUGGAGAGGGAGCUAUGAUGGAUUGAGUCAACAACAGAAAGAUACACUACUUGAUAUAGCGUGUUUUAAGUCGCUAGAUGAGAGUUACAUAACGAGUUUAUUGGAUUCCGAUGGCCUUAAGAAUGAAGUAGAAGACCUAGUGAACAAGUUCAUGAUUAAUAUAUAUGCUGGCAAAAUAGAGAUGCAUGAUUCAUUGUAUAUGCUCUCCAAGGAACUUGGUCAAGAAGCUACUGCUACAGAUGGAAAGGGACGUCAUAGGUUGUGGCACCAUCACCCAAUAACUAAUGUGUUGGAGAAAAAUAAGGGAGCUUCUAAUGUCAGAGCUAUUUUCCUUGACUUGUCUGAUAUAACAAGAAAAAUGAGCUUCCACAGCCAUGCUUUUGCCAAGAUGAGUUAUCUACGAUAUCUCAAAAUCUACAGCUCUCAGUGUCCUCAAGAAUGUGAUCGUGACAUUAAAUUAAACUUUCCUGAAGGACUCCAGCUACCACUGAAAGAGGUGAGAUGUCUCCACUGGUUGAAGUUCCCAUUGAAAGAAGUUCCUCAAGAUUUCAACCCGGAGAACUUGGUUGACCUUAAGCUUCCUUACAGCAACAUUGAACGUGUUUGGGAGGACAACAAGGAAGCAUCAAAACUAAAAUGGGUCAACUUGAACCACUCAAGGAAGUUGAUCACUUUGUCAGGGUUAGGAAAGGCUCAAAAUCUUCAAGAACUAAAUCUUGAAGGCUGCACUGCAUUGAAAACGUUGCAUGUGGAUAUGGAAAACAUGAGGUGUCUUGUUUUCUUGAACCUGAGAGGAUGCACAAGUCUUGAGUCUCUUCCACGGAUUCAACUAAUCUCUUUGAAAACUCUCAUCCUCAGCGACUGUUCAAGUUUCAAAACCUUUCAGGUUAUUUCAGAUAACCUAGAAGCUCUAUACUUGGAUGGCACGGCAAUAAAAGAACUUCCUUGUGACAUACGUAACCUCCAGAGACUUAUCUUAUUGAACAUGAAAGGUUGCAAGAAGCUGAAAAGGCUCCCUGAGAGUAUUGGUGAGCUGAAAUCUCUUGAAGAACUUCUACUCUCUGGUUGUUCAAAGCUCAAAGAGUUUCCGGAAACUGGAGGAAACAUAGAGAUUCUGCUUUUGGAUGAGACAGCCAUAGAAGAGAUACCAAUGGUAUUUUCAGUUAGGCGUUUAUGCUUAAGCAGGAAUGAAAGAAUCACUCGCCUUCCCGGUUUGAUCAACCAGUUUUAUCAACUGCAAUGGCUUGACUUGAAGUAUUGUAAGAAUCUUACACAUGUUCCUCAGCUUCCACCAAAUCUUCAGUGUUUAGAUGCACGUGGCUGCAGCUCACUGAGAACAAUAGCUAAACCAAUGGUAUGUUCUGUCCCAACAGAGCAGAUCACCUCCAAGUUCAUUUUCACUAACUGCAAUGAAUUGGAACAAGCUUCAAAGGAGGAGAUUGUAGCCUAUGCUAAACAGAAGUGUCAGUUACUAUCAACUGUACUUAAACGCUGUAAUGAGGGUUGUGUUCCUGAGAUAUUGUUCGACACAAGCUUCCCUGGAUGUGAAAUGCCUUCAUGGUUUUCUCACGAUGCAAUUGGAUCUCUGGUGAAGUUUGAAUUGCCUCCACACUGGAAUCACAAUAGGCUUUCAGGGAUAGUCCUAUGUGUUGUUGUCUCGUUCCGAAACUGUUCAAAGCAAGCCAGCUUGACAGUCAAAGUCACUGGGGAGGGCUCUUGCACCAGCGUUACUUGGAAGGUUGGAAGUUUGAUUGAACGAGACAAUGAAGGAGAUCAUGUCUUUAUUGGCUACGCAAACGGCUUAGACUUUAUCAAUCCUGUUGAAGGAGAAGGAGGACCUCGUGAAUGUGCUCCUAUAAAGGCAUCACUUGACUUUAGUGUGACAAGUGGUACUGGUGGGGAAGAAGGUAGGUUUGAGGUUUUGAAAUCCGGUUUUAGUUUUGUGUUUGAUCCUGAAGAGAUCAAAGCUUCAGUGCCAAGGACUCAAGACGAAGUCAAAGGUAAAACAAAACAAAACGGAACUCCAAAUGCUAACGGUUGUUUCAAGGAUCAAACAAAUGGAUAUAAAUCUCCAAAGGGACAGUGUCAGAGUUACAUGGAACGUUCUGGUAAUAACAUCACAUGUGUGAGUGAAGCACACUCUUCCUAACACAACUACUUUUGGUUCCACUCAACGUAUUAAAGGAAUCUACUUUCACAUAAGUGGGCCCCACAGAAGAAGCAGACAGCAGACACAGAAACAAAAAACUGAAAAACGAAUAAACAGAAACAGACAAAUAACAAAAGCUUUCA